CAGAAGCCCUCUCUCACACACUCUCUCUCCCACCUCAUUUCUCUCCUUCUUCUGAUAUCCGUGAAUUCACUCCUCUUUCUCCCAUUCCCUGCGUUGGCCACUUCAUCUCUCUCCCCCUACUCUCCCGUUGUAUCUUUCUUUUUGUUGUCAUCAUGGCUAAUGUAGCUCCUCCGCCUCCCUACUCUUCCUCCUCUUCGUCCGCUUAUCCGCCGAGACCUCUAAAGUCCGCUCUCCGGUCGCGCCAGCAGAAGCCCCCGGAAGUUCUUGAGCGAGAGCGGGUACUUCUCGCUCGUCUCCCAGCCGCCGACCCGAGAGAAAAGCCGAUCCGUAACUUUCUCGCAACACGUUUCUACAAGUUUAUUCUUCUUACCAUCCAUCUACUUUUCAGCAUAUACCUGAAGCUCCGGUGGGCCUACCACAACAUUCUCAACCGCGGGCUCUCUAUUCUUUAUUACCAUCACCGAACGCCACAGUUGAUACGGAAAGACGUGAAGGAAUUGGAGGAACGGGGAAAACUGCCGGAGCAUGUUAGCGUCGUUCUGGAGUAUGAAAGGGGAGGACUGGAUACGCUUAUUGAUGAGGUCUCCGAGAUCAGUUGUUGGUGUGCAAGCGCCGGGAUCAGAACCCUGAGUGUUUAUGAACAGACUGGUGCAUUCGCUAGUUAUGAUUGCACGUGUAUAUGGCUUACAGUACUGUGUAGGAAUUCUCAAAUCCUACAUCUCUACAUCCCACCGUUCGAUCUCUCAGAGGCUCCAUAGCUAUUUCGGGAAGUCCCGGCCGAGGCUUCGAGUACAUGCGCCUCCGUUGUCCUCUCUCCAUGACCCUGGCCAGGAGGGUAGAGAGGUUGGCCUCGAAGUUAUCCUUAUCUCCGAAGAGGAUGGUAGGGAGUCGCUGGUUGAUUUGACCAAGACUUUGUGCGAUAUGGCCCAGAGGGGGAAAAUAUCUUCAGAGGAUGUUAGCGUUGAAUUGAUUGAUGCCGAAGUUACUGGUAUGUUUGUUCCGCGAACGUGUGAUGGGCGGUGUGACAAGUACUUAUGAGCUCUAGAAAAUACUAUUUCCGAGCCUGACUUGUUGAUUUUGUUCUCGCCCUCAGUUGUUUUAAGGGGCUACCCUCCAUGGCAGAUACGGUUAACAGAGAUAUUGUAAGUUUUUUCCACUCUUGGACAAAGAAACUUGACAGUUAACAUGCCUGCAAAGCCAUGUGCAAGACAACUCAGGAGUUGGCUACCAAGUCUUCCUUAGAGCAUUACAUAGAUUCGCAAAAACGGAGAUGCGCUUCGGGAGGUAAAAUGCCUUGCCAAUUGUCCUCCUACUUCCUCCCUUCUUUACUCUCUUUCUUCUCGUUUCUUGGCUUCUUUUGGGCCGACAAGCUGCCUUUGAGCGUAUAUAUCACAUGUUUUUCCUCUUUUUUCCCCCCCCCCCACACAGAAAAGAGUACAGUACGAGUAGGGAUUAGUCGGUAGUGGCUCCUUCAUAGACUUCUGGCUUUUUCAUUUCAUCUGAUUUGGUUAGGGUAGAAUACCGUAAUAAGAGCCGCAUGGAUACCGGGGGUUUAUUACGAUUACGGGAUUUCCGUACUUGUCGCUAUCCUGCCGGUGUUAUGCACAUAAGCAGUGAGGUUGCUCCGGCAUUGUUUGUAUUUCGGUGUGUCGGUGUUGGCAAAGGUCCCUCCUUGCGAUUAUUCAGAUGGGCGGAAAGACAUUCACAAAAGAUCACUCAUUCUGGUUCCAUGGGCACAGUAUGAUACCUGUAAGGUACGAUGAUGCCAGUGCCGAGCGUAAUGCUCUUAGUUCUUGAACUGAGUGUCCUAGAGAUUUAGAAUGCCUCAUCAAACUGUCGUUCUGGGUUUGGAAAUGCUCUG